AUGGGUGCCUCACUCGCGCCCGCGCUCGUACGCCCACGCCCCAUAUCACGACGGGGACACACUGCGGCGACACAUCCACGUCCGGCUGCGUCGGCGGGCGGCUCACUGGCGGCUCGGGCGUCCGUCGGCCAGGCGCUCCUGCAAGAGAAACAGCGAUUAGGCACGGCAUGGGCGCGCAGGAGGGCAGUCCUCCCGAUUCCCGGGUCGAAACCGGGUCCCAGAUGCGUCAUGCGGCGUGGGCGGCGCCCCUUGGUCAAGCUAGAAGAGCUGGAAACUGUUGUGUUGGACGGAUGGAUGGUUUGGGGAGCUGGAAACAGUGACCUAGCCAAGCUUUUGCCCAGGCUCCAAGAUCUCGACAUCUCUAAUACUCUCCUUUCCUCCUGGGAGAGCAUUGCACAAAUUACACGUCAGCUUCCAAGCCUUAGAUUCCUUAACAUCAGUGGCAACAAACUAAAGCUGCCCAACAAUCCAGAUGAACUGCAGGAGAGUGUAUGUCACAUCACCCACCUUGUCCUCAACAACAUGAAGGGUUACACUUGGUCAGACCUCAUGACUUGCUGUGUCAUGUUUCCAACGCUCAGGAAGCUGCAGAUUGCCUUCAAUAAGCUAUGCAAGUUAGGACCAGUUCCUGUGGGUCUCUUUGAUUCUCUUGAAGAAAUUGACAUAGGUGUCAACCCCAUUUGCUCUUGGGAAGAAGUGUGUCAUUUGGGAACAAUUCCAAGUAUUUGCCCGUACUCUGAACAAAGUAAGCAGUCUGUUGUGCCAUGGGGUUAUAACUUAUCUAGGCAAUCAGGUUGUACCAUUUCACAGAAGGCUGUGUGUGCCUCAUAG